CUUCCCUUCAAGCAAACCAGAAAUAACACAUAACGCCAUUUUCUCUGUCCCCCCUCCCUCUCUGCACGGAAAACUCAUACCUCCAUUAAUGCCCGCCUCACAUUUCUGUGUUUUCAAACUACUUCCUCUCUCUAAGCCACUCUCUAUUUCUUCAUAAAAUUCCUCUCUCUCCAUUUGUCGCAUUGUCCUUCAUUGAUGGAUCGAUGAGCUGAGAAGUGAGAAGUGAAUGCAGGCUAGUCCGUGAUUUCCGAUCUCUCAUCUCUGGUAUUGUUUUUAUUUUUGUUCUCCUCAGCCGUUCGUGAGUGAAAUUUUGAAAUGGAGGAGCCUCCUCGUCCCAGAAAAUUCAAACGAGCUUCAGUUUCCUUUGAAGGAAGCAUAAAGGCCCAAGAAAAGAUCACAGCUCCAAAACCCACUCAUAAUUCCGUCUGUCGUUAUGAUUCAACUGCUAAUGAAGAUAUGUUCAUGAUUGAGUUGGGCGAGAGUGCUUCUAAAAGAGUUAUAGCGAAGCCAGUCAAGAGUUUAAUUGCAAAGGAGAUGUUGAUUCAAGUUGAACCAAAAAUAAAGGAACCAAGUGUCAUUGCCAGAUUGAUGGGUCUUGAUGAUAUACCUUCUCCACAACAAUUUACUAGAGAGCAAAGGAGGCCCCCAGAUAGUUUCAGACAGAGGAAAGAACAAAGAGAGGCCCCAAGGACUAUGCAGAUGUUUGUGGACCAAGCACGUAGAAGGAACUAUACGGAACAUCAUCAGGUCAAUGAUCUGAAUGAGGAUUUGGAAGCUUCUUAUAUUUCUACUCGGCGCUAUUCAUCAAGAUGGAAUACAAAGCCAGAACAUAACACGAACAUGCCUGAGAUGGCAGUCAUUCAGCAAUAUCAGCAUAAAUAUUUAGAAGCCGCACACCUCUCUGCUGAUGAGAAGCUUCAGAAUUCAAAGCAUUUUCUUGAUAUUCAAAUUGACACUUCUAGUUCUAUGUAUAGUCGCAUAGCUAUUCUGAAACCAGCAACUUCUGCAAAUAGCCAAGGCACUUCAAUACUUGGAAAACCAGGGAGAUGUGGUUCAGGCCAUCAUGAUAUGAAGUUACCAAGGAGAAGAGAUAAUGCUCACUUGCUCCAUUUGCAGCAUCCACAUGGAGGUCACAGUUCUUUCAAGUCGCCUAAGAUUCACGUUAAAGGGAAAAGUGAAAGCAUUUUUCCAACUAGAAUUGUGGUUCUGAAGCCAAACUGUGGGAAGACACACAGUGAUGUUGCUUCUGCUCAAUAUCGCGCUGAAGAAAAGAAGCCUGGAACGCGUCUAAGCUUUGGAACAGGGAAAUCUGGGUCAGCGGAAAUAAAUAACUCUUGUAAAUAUGCACAUGAUCCAAGUUUUUAUUCAAAAGAAGCCAGAAAAAUUGCCAAGCAGAUUACAACGCGCAUGAGAAAUAGUCAUGGACCUUCAGAUGCGCGAAAAGAUUCAAAUUUGGUAUAUUCUGACAUUAUAGGUUAUGCCACUGAUGAGAGUUCAUGUGGUGUGUGUGAAAGUGAUUCUUCCAACGAACUAGACAUGCUGAAACCGUGUUUGGAGAAUUUGUAUUGCAGAACUAACCGAUGCAAAUCUCUGUUAACUGGCACAGUUGAGUCAUCUGUGAGCAAGGAGGCUACGAAGAGGUUAUCUGAAAGGUGGAAAAUGUCUCAAACUUGUCAGGACUUGGAAACAGCUAGCAGGGGAAGUACACUCGGUGAAAUGCUUUCCUUACCUAAUAUAGAAACAGAGUCUGAACGUUUAGAUGCCAUGGAGGAGACCUUUGAUGGAAAAAUUGGAGAAAAGUGUACCGAUGCUUGGGAAUAUCCUUUAGGUGUAAGCAGUAGGGAUGCUUGGAAGGAUGGGUACAUUUCCUCUAAGUCCAGAUCACUUUCUCCUCUUGGUAGCCAAAUUCAGGGAAUGAGUACACAUCAAGAAGUAGGUCCAAAUAGCCGAAAAUUGAGGCUUAGAGUGCGUCCAAAUGGUUUAAGGUCCACGGACCGUAGUAGAAAUAAGUCAUGGGAUGGAAGCCAAAGUCAAGUGGAGGAGGUUUCAUUUAGUGACAAAAGAUCUGGCCGGAAGAAACUACGUUCUGGUCACCGCAAAGGCACUGGUACUAAAGAUACUUUCCAGGAAGCAAUAUUCUGCAAAAUGAUGAAUUCAAAUGCAGAGUGCAACCUGUCGGAGAAGCUGCAUUUGCCUUCAGCUAUGACAGUCAGCAAGAGUGCAACUUCUGUUGUUGAUUUAGCUAUGCAUACUGCACAUACCGGUGAAGCUAAAGUUUCUGAGUCUUCUUUUGACAUAAUUCAGAAGUCAAUUUUUGAAAGCAAUGAGACUUUAUUUCCUGACCAAGAUGCAUCUUAUAUACAGGAAAGUUCAGUCCUACUCACAGUACCUUCGCAAUGUCAUCUACCUGAAUCAGAAUCAUCAGAAAGCUCCAGGGAUGGCCAUCCUAGUCCUGUUUCAGUUCUGGAGGGGCUCACUUUUACUGAGGAUUCCCUCUCUGGUUCUGAAUCCUUAGAGACAGUCAGUGCCAAAAUAAAUGAUCUACGCAUGAAAAUUCAGCAACUGAAAAAGAAGUCCCCAUAUUGUGAUGCAGAUGCGGCUGCAGAUUACUUUAAUGAUUUUCCACAACCUGAAAUGUUAAUUGUUGAAGAGGAGAAAUGCACGGAGUUGUCCCCAAGCAGCUGGGAAACUUCCUACAUAAGUGAUGUGCUGAUGGAUUCUGGUUUUAAGGAGUCAGAACCUGAUGCCUUGAUUGCAACUUCCCACUCUCUAGACUUCCCUCUCAGCCCCUCCACUUUUGAGAAUAUGGAGAAAAAGUACAGCCUCAAAGAAGGGGGGACAUCUGUUGUUAUAUCAAGGCAUGACAGGAGACUCUUAUUUGACCGAUUGAAUCUGGCUCUUUUGGAGAUUCUCCAGCAGUAUGUAGACCCCUGCCCUUGGUUGCAGCAGAGAAGCGUUGUUGAUGAUUUGGGUUGCAAGAGACAACCCAAAGUCGCCGAUGCUUUGCCUCGCUUGCUUGCGGACCAGGCUAGUUUGUCAAACAGUGAUACAUCUGAGCGGAUUCUGGAUCGGGAAAUGUGUUGGUUGGAUGUUAGAGUUGACAUCAACUUAAUUGGUAAGGAUGUUGAAAAAUCAAUUGUUGACGAUCUGAUCACAGAAAUGUUAAUGCUGUAGAGAUUUUGAAGCAGGCAGUAGGUGGAAAAUGAAUCAUUUACAUAGAUGAUGAUGUUAGAUGGACAAUAAUAAGUGCAUACACCUGGUAGAUGAUGCUAGGUGAAGAACCUUUAAUUGUACCCGGCAGAUUGAAUGACAGAACUUCAUCAUUCCGAUGAAGUGUUUCACCUGGUA